AUGAGAAUGAACCCUCAAACCGAGGUACUCAUCAUCGGUGCAGGUCCGACUGGCCUCGUCCUUGCGUUAUGGCUUCAACACCAAGGCAUCAAUGUCCACAUUGUUGACCAGGCCCACGCCCCAGCAGACAAAUCGCGGGCAAUCGUCGUCCAUGCACGUAUAAUCGAGUUGUACCAACAACUUGGGAUAGCCGAAGAUCUUCUAGCUCUGGGAUACCAGCUCCCGGCGACGAAUCUCUGGGUCCACGGGCAACACAGAACGCAGGUAGCUUUCCAAAGUUUUGGCCGCGAGCUGACAUCCUACCCCUGCGUGCUGAGCGUCCCUCAAGAUGAACAUGAGAAGAUGUUGGAGAGGCACCUCAACCGUGUUGGAGUUCAUGUACAACGAGGCACAAAAUUGCAAGGCUUUGUUGAUCACGGAUCAAGCAUCACUGCUACCUUGUUCCACGAGGGCGAUGAGAGCUCAUAUACGCAUGAGGCAUCCUUUAUUGUCGGAUGUGAUGGAGCACACUCGGCUGUUCGUCAUGGUAUUGGUGCCAAGUACGAGGGGGAGACAUACAAACCCCUUUUCUACAUUGCCGACAUUGAAGGCAAAGGUGGCAUGGUCUUUAACGGGGAGGCGAACCUGAUGAUCACCAACAGGAGCUUCAACCUGAUAAUUCCGUACAACACAGAAGGCCAUGCACGUCUGGUUGGCAUCACAAGGCUGAACAACGAUGAUAACCCCAACAUUGACUCGCCCGACCACGACAACCAGAUCAAUUUCGAAGACGUUCGACCUCAAAUAAUGGAGGCGAUGCAGAUUGACAUCAAAAAGGUUAACUGGUUCUCCACAUAUCGCAGCCACCACCGUAUCGCGGACAAAUUCCGCAGCGGCCGGGCGUUUCUUGUCGGAGAUGCAGCCCACAUCCACAGUCCAGUAGGCGGCCAGGGCAUGAACACCGGAAUUAUGGACUCGAUCAACCUAGCAUGGAAACUAGCAACCGUUCUCAAACAGACACAAAUGAGUGACGAAGCACAACAUCAGCUUUUAGAAUCCUACGAGUUCGAGCGGCGCGCCUUCGCUUUGGCAAUCCUCAAAUCGACGGACACUGGAUUCACGAGCUUAACCUCACAAGGAAUACGUGGGUAUAUCCUUCGGAACUGGUUGAUACCGUUCCUCAUUCCCCUGGCUGUGAGGUUCGAAUUCGUCCGCAAACAGAUCUUCCGCGGUGCAUCUCAACUCAUAUGCAAUUACCGAGGCAGCAGCCUUUGCCAACCCAGCACAGGAGUGGUACAGUCCGGUGACCGUCUUCCCUGGGUCCAGAUAAACAAGGAAGAUAAUUUCUCCACCCUCCGCGAUCUUUGUUGGCAGCUCCACGUCUAUGGAGAUCCCGGGCCACGAAUUGACCAGUGGGCCCAGAAAGCCGGCGUGAAACUGUUCACCUUCCCAUGGAACGUCCGAUACGCCGAAGCUGGUCUGAUUCAAGACGCCGUCUACUUGCUCCGUCCCGAUCAAUACAUUGCAGGAAUUUUCGAGGGGUUGUCUGUCGAAUCGAAGCUAGACGAGUACUUUCUCGCCCGAGGAUUAUGCUAA